UUAAUGUGUGCGAGGAGAAUUAUGGUGUGUGAGCGACUACUCGGGCUACUACAUUGACUUCCAUCACAAUUCAAUUGAUUUAUUUAGCUUUUAAUCGGCCAAGUCAAUAACGUGAAAAUCAUUGUUACUUUUUGAUGCUGCUUAUCAGCUCAUUCAUUAAAUAUACAGAGGUUUUUCAAUUUUCGGUUUAUUUAAAUGCUAAUAAAUAGCAAACCAAAAACGGGAAAAUAAUUGCAAAACAUUUUGUGCAUUGUUUUGAUUGUUUUAUUUGCUGCUCAAGUCAACAUAAUUGAAGCGAAAAGUGAAAGCAACACACUUUACAAUGGGAAAUUCCAUUUUACUCCAGAUAUCAUCACAAACAUUUCACGAUUGAUUGAUAGCCAUUCAUUUUUUAUCAUUAAAUAUUAGUGGCUUUUCUUCAUUUCAUUACAUGACACAUCGAUUACGAAAAAAGAAUUGUCCAGUGGUUGUUUCUAACGAAAACAUAACCCAAGCGAUAAGAAUGAACACUUAGAUUCCAUUAAUAUUUACGCAUUGACACAAAAACGCUUGGAAUCCAUUUUUCGUAUCACCAAGCCAAGUAAACUAUGUGUGCAAUUUUUUGACUAUUGAUUAUAUCAAAUUGACAAUAUUCGUCCGAAAAAAAAGCUGACUAUUUACCGAACAAAAAGACAGAUUGAUAUUUCGCUAGUAUAAUAUCGUUUGCGCAUUGCGUAUUUAUUUAUUGUUUCCGGAAAUGUCUUUAGAAGAUCCAUUUUUUGUUGUGAAAGAUGAAGUAUUCAAGGCAUUGAACAAAACACGAGGAUUGUACCUGCGUUGGCGGGAUUUGGGUAACGCUGGUGGCGCCGAAACCGAAUGGACCACAACCGAAUUGAGAAAUUCAUUAAGAAGCAUCGAAUGGGACUUAGAGGACUUAGAAGAUACAAUUACUAUCGUUGAGAAAAAUCUCAGCAAAUUUAAAAUUGACCAGAAAGAAUUGAAUAGCCGACGGUAUUUCAUCGAUGCCACUCGAGAUGAGGUCAAGUCGAUGAAGGAGAAGAUGAGCCUCAAUCGAAAUCGGGACAAAGAUAUUACAGCAAAUCAACCGUUACUCGAUAACAAUAGUCAAAUUCUUGGUGGCAACGCGUUCAACGAUAAUUGCAAUAAUUUGAUUGCAAAUAAUUGUAUCAACAAUAAUAUCACAUCCUGCAACACAAAUUCGGCAUCUGGUUUUACGACAACUAUUGUCGGCACAAUGGCAAGACACAGCGGAACCAAAUAUUCCAAACUGGAGAAUUCCCUGGAUAGUCCAGGACAUUAUGGAACAUCGGCAUUGGAUAGUCCAUCACAUCGAUUUUUAGGUGAAAGCGUGUCUGUGCAGCAGCGCAUGCUACAGGGGCAAGACGAACAACUUGAUGUGAUAAGCGAUUCGAUUGGCACACUGAAAACCGUUUCGCGACAAAUCAAUCUUGAACUUGACGAACAAGCGGUUAUGCUUGAUGAUUUUGGCAAUGAACUUGAGAACACUGAAUCGAAAAUGGAUUCAACUAUGAAGAAAAUGGCGAAAGUGUUACACAUGAAUAACGAUAAGCGUCAAUGGAUUGCCAUAGGAGUACUUUCACUCAUUUUAUUUAUUGUGAUACUUCUAUUCAUAAUUCUGUAAUUUAGUGCAGUCAUCAACAGAUCAAAAAAGAGUGCAAUAGAGAAACAAAAAUUCCGUGCUUGACCAGCCAAUGUAUUUGUAAAUGCUGUGUCUGAUGUUUGUUUUGAAGACACCCAAUAUAUAACAAAACUACACUAUUUUUUAAAAUAUUACGCAGAGCAUCUUGAUUUGCUGCUGCUCAGCAUAUAGCUGAGAGCUGAGAAAUGCUGAACUCGUGCGGCUAACGCAUACGAAG